AAACAGCAGUGUAGUUGUGUGAACCUAGGAGUACAGUGGGUUACGACAGUCACUCUUUUCGCAGCUUGCAUUUCACAAAUUGCAAUGAAAUAGGACAACAUUUACAUAACCAAAAAAUAUCUAAGUCUCUCAAAUUCUUGUCUAAACAUGUCGGUCCCUGCAGUCCUCCACCCCGAAAACCUUCCCUACAUCGAAAUCAUCGAGCAACCUUAUAAAGCCCAUAAGUUCCGCUAUAUCCAGGAAGGGCGAGGCAUGCCGAUCCCUGGAGCUUCCAGCACUCCAGGAAAUAGAACUUCCUUUGCCAUCCAGAUUCACGGUUACCAGGGCCGACUGCUCGUAAAUGUGUCUUGUGUAACGAAAGAUCCACCCUACCGACAACAUCCCUACCAGCUGGUCGGUCCCAACUGUAACCAUGGAGUUUGUUCCUUUGAACAAGAAGUUACGGCCACUAACUCUACUAUAACUUUUGCGAAAAUGGGGGCGCGGUGUAUAAAGAGGAGCAACUUCCAGGAGUCGCUGAGGAUUAGACAAGAGAACAACGUGGACCCUUUUGAAGAGGGUUUUGGACACAAGGACGAUUUUGGACCUUUGGAACGGAACGUGGUGAGGUUGUGUGUCCAGGUUGUUUUGCUAGGUGACAAUGGGGACCAAAGGAUCAAGAUAAGGCCAGUUGUGAGUAACCCGAUUUAUGAUGGAAAGGCUCCUAUUGAGCCCAUUAUUUAUAAACUGUCACACGGUAAUAGUUACGUUGAUGGUAAAAUUCACAGCUCUGAACAAAUCAUUCUUCUGUGCACUAAAGUGAAGACAGAUGAUUUAAAAAUUCGUUUUUUUGAAAUGAAGGAUAACGAGGUUGUGUGGGAAGAUUUUGGUACUUUUCAUUCCGACGAUAUCUAUAACAACACGGCGAUUUGUUUUAGACCGCCGAAGUACCACGAUCAGAACAUCACGUAUGCGGUUAAAGUGUGGGUGCAGUUGGUACGACCGACUGACCAGAUGGUAAGCCAGCCGAUUGAAUUUAUGUAUCUUCCAGUGCAGGCAGCACCAAGAGUUUUAAAUGAGAAUAGGGACGAGAAUCCGGUUUUUGAUGAAUUGACGGAGAAUGGUACCAGAACUCGAGAAGAUAAAUUCGUUGCUGCAGAAAUUAACCAAACCACAAAGCGCAGAAGAACGGAUACGAGAGAUCAGCUUGUUUUGGACAUGAGUUCUUCGAUUCUACAAGAAAUUGAAGAUUUGAUCCCUGAAGUGGCUCAAAUUGUUGAUAGCAUUAACCAAACUGAAUACUCCUCUUCCGUAAGAAGUACCCAAAUUGAUAAUUUAACUGGAGCAUACUUCAGCAGAUCUUAGACUAGGUACUAUUGUAAAUGUCGACAGUGUGUGUGGGUACUGAAAAUGACAAUUUAGUGACUGUACUUUUUAUUUUUGGCACUUAUUUUGUACAGAUAUAGUUAAUAAAUGUAUUAAUUAUGCAAUAAA